AACAGUAUUUUCUUUAAAAAUGUGACUUAAAAUGUUACUUCUUAUAGGUCGUUGCAUUUAAAUAGGCCACGAAUAUCUCAAGUUCUGUAAGAUCGGUUAUUUUCUAUUUUAAAAACAAUAAGGAUCUGCAAGUUUCCCAUUGAUGAAUGAGAACUUCUGCAAAACAAAUACAGUUGCCGCUGAAAAUUAUGUUUGUUGCUUUUAAACCAGGAGGUGACCAUGGGUUGUUUAGGCGGAAGAGAACAUUUGGCAGCACGGCGUCCUCGUGUAACAAGAUCCACGGAGUUUACUUGGAAAGAUGGGACAGAAUAGAUUACAAACGCGUUAAAUUUUUGCUGGCGGAUCCAAGAUAUCCAAACCUACCAAGUUUUGCAACUUGUGUUCCAACAUUCGAACAGCCGUCACGGUGGACAAACUUCUUUGGUUCUCGCUUGAGGACGUAUUUCGUUCCAUUCCAGACAGGAAACCAUUACUUCUUUCUUUCAUCCAACGCUGGGAGUGAGCUGUUUAUCAGCACCAAUGAGAAACCUGACACGAAGACGUUGAUUAGUUCCAUUGAUGGUGGAUUUACCACUUUUCAGUAUGAAUAUGACAGAUUCUCGAAUCAAAAAUCUCUCCCGGUUUAUCUGAAGAAAGGUAAAUAUUACUACAUGGAGGCUGUCAUGAAAGACGAUCAUCAGAAUGAUCACCUGGAAGCUGCAGUUCAGACACCAGAUGGGACAUUUUACAAAGUGAUACCAUCAAAGUUCCUAUGGACUUCAUUGCCGCCUCCUCCCGAGAAAAAUGCUACUUACCAAGCUGUUUUAAUCAAAGUAGCAGCACGAGCCGGCGCAAAAGCCGGUUUAGUAUUUGGAACGAAGUGGGCUAUGCGUAGUGGAGCAAAAGCAGGAGCAAAGGCUGGUGCAUUGGCAGGAAUGGAGGCUGGAGCAUCGGCAGGAGCGAGUGCUGGUGAAAAAGCCGCCAUUGAAAUGACCACAAAAACAAUCGAAGAAGGACUUAAUAGUUAUUAUGGAAGAGAUUCGCACCAAUUCAAAAUCGUUGUACAAAAUGGAAACGUGGUCUCCGUUAAGGGUCCUGCCUCAGGAGGUGGUGGAGGUGGGGGCGGUGAGGGUGGGGAUGGUGGAGGUGGAGGUGGUGGAGGUACUGGAGGUACUGGAGGUGCAGCGGGUGCAGCGGGUGCCGCGGGUGCAGCGGGUGCAGGAAGCGCAUGGGGUGGAGCUGGUGUUGCAGGUGGUGGUGGAAGCGUAGGAGGAGGAGGAGGAGGAGGAGGAGGAAGAGGAGGUGGUGGUGGUGGUGCUGCUGGCGCUGGUGCUAGUGCUGGUGCUAGUGCUGGUGCUAGUGCUGGUGCUAGCGCUGGUGCUAGUGCUGGUGCUAGUGCUGGUGCUAGUACUGGUGGUGGAGCAACAGGUGGUAGUGUGGUUUCUGGAGGGGCGGGAGUUACAACAGCGGGAUCUUCAUCUGGGGUAGUGACUGGAGCCUCGGUAACUGCAGUAGGAUCGCAAGUAACUUUAAGCGGGGGAACAGGACCAACUGGUGCGACUGCUGGCGGCAGUGAAGGCGCUCCUCAAACGGAAGCAUCUUCUGUUCAAGAAAAAGUUACGUAUAUGUUAAAGCCGGGUGAGGAUGCUCAAACUAUGGCCAGGAAGCUAGUAUGGAGACAAGGAGGCGCAAGCAAGCUUGUGCAAGAUGGAUUGUACACUGUCCAUUCCUGGGACGUUCCGUAUCCGCAGGAGAAUGGUUCCCUUAACUUCUGUUGGAGAUCUUUUAAUGGCAAGGUAGCUCUGCGACCGUUUUGUCAAGUAUUCAGAGUUCAAAUGCCUGCACUGUAUAAAAAGAUUAAACCAGGGAAAGAGAGUGCUUCUUUUGAGUCAGUUUGUCUACCGGGAUAUUUCAUGAGACAGAAGAACUAUAACCUCAUUCUCCAGAAAAGGGAUGGAUCAGAACUGUUUGAUAAAGAGAGUUCUUUCAAAGUCUAUAACGUGAUGAAAUACAGUAGAAAUUUGAUGCUAAACUCAAUGCACUCGGAUUGGUUCAUUUGUCAAAGUAAGGAUAAGAAGCUUCAUGGUUCCACGCUCAUUACACUGGACUUUUACAACGGUGAUCCAGAUGUCCUUGAGCGGUGUACAUUUUCAUUCAUGCCAAUACCGCAGAACCAAAACAAAUAUAUGCAUUGCAGAAACGUUGCUGGACCAGUUGUUCAUCCCGCCAUCAGUGGGCAGCCACUUCCUCAUCCUCAGCACUUAGUUCCGGAAGUACCACCUGUUCCUGCCCAGCCUUCCUGUAUACCCGUAUGUCCCGCUGCAGAAACUGCGGGGAGAGCACCAAUAUCUGGAUCCUCAGUCCCAGGCGGCUUUCCUUUGGAGCCUUCAAUCACAAGUUCUGAAAAGAUGUGCGUCGCCUUGAACUUCAUUAACAACUUCAGAGCACCAUUUAAGCUCUACUCUUCUCUCAAGCACGAGGCAUAUCUUGUCACUGGAUUUGGCUUUAAACUUAAACUCAUCAUUGAACGACCUGAACUACACAGUCACGUGAUAUUCAAAGCCGAGGAUCCACUUGGCAAGCACAAAAUCUUCCUGAACGGAAAACUAAGUACUUCAGAGGCAGCAGUUGCUGGCUGUCCUGAGUUUGUCAACGUGUCUGUAACGCCAGAGCAAGGUAAUGCUCCUCCCGAACCAUCUGGCAAUUUUCGAGCUUUACCACAAAGUGUUCACGCCUCCACUAACCUGGCCACUCUCAAUCCUUCUUCUUCUUUGCAUCCUCCUAUAUUUCUGAGGCAACCCUCUCCUCCUCCUCCUCCUCCU